AUGCGGGGCCAGGUCGUGCUCUACCUCGGUAUGGGCAGGGGCGAGUGGGUGUAGAAAGGCUCAAGUAGCCCUCGAGUCAAGCUUGUCUUCUCGUGUGCUCAGAAGGGGGCCAAAAGUCGAAGCGCUUCCGAUGUUUCUGCCGAAUUGCGCAGCGGAGGGCGAGCGCGAGCGGCACGCCCCCAAGCUGGCUGACGAUUUCGUUGCGAUGCUCAAAAGCCCCUUGCGCCACCUCGUCGAGCGUGUCCGUGGCGCUCUCGUCCAUGUCGGAGUUGCAGUCGAUGCAUUCUAUGCAUGAGGCGAGAAAGCACCUCGUCCUCUUUCUCCUCACUAGCUGCUGCUGAGCGACGUGGAGGUGCCCGGUGCAGAUGUAAGGGUGGACAGUGAAGAGCUUCGCGUCCAUCCAAGUCGAAGGAAGGCAUCUGAAAAGAGAGGCAGGCACAGUGGCAAUGCACCGGCGGGCCUUUGCGCCCACGUCUCGUACCCCGCGCUCCCUCCCAUCCCAGCUCGAAAUCAGCUUCGCCGGAAAGCUGGUCUUCCAAUGCUUCAGCAGCAAAAUCGGGUGGAUUCCAACAUGGCGAUGCAAAUCUCCCAGGCGGUCCUCCUGCCAAAGCGCAAAAGGGCAAAGGCGGCGCACCUAAACCGCGUGGGCCUGGCCUGUCGGAUGGCGCACCAGGCUGGCGCCAUGGGUGA